AAUACAUCUCACACGCUGACUGACAAGGCUGCACAAUGGGAAACGGAGAAUCUGUUGCGUAUAUGAGACCGUCUGAAAUUCGUUAUACCCACGAUAGCAUCCAGGCAAAUUUUCGAGAUGGAACACCCCUUGAAUCGACUUUUCACCAACUUGUUUAUAAAAAAAUCCAAGUAGACACGUUACCUAUGAUUGAAGUCAUGCAGUAUAACGGCUACUGGUUUGUAGUGCGUGGAAACAGAAGACUUUUCCUGCUGAAGAAAUUAGAAGAAUAUGAUCAAGUGUCAACUGUCCAGGUGCUUAGAAAACCCUUCGAUCCAGACGUAUUCGAGAGACAGUUUACGACAAACAAUAUGGGAACUAGUGUCAAAAUAAGAGGCGGGAUUUACGGUACGCCUUUGGAGCUGAGACUGAACGAGAUUUGGACUGAGUACCAAAAUUCUGAGUCAUGUACAAUUUCGUAGCUGGCAGAGGACGAA